UUCAUUGAAAAAAAAUAGUUUUAUAUGAAUAUACAGUACCGGACAUAAAUCCUUCAUGAUUUUCUAUAAGACGGACGGUAUAGGGAAAUCGCAUUUAUAACCUUUAAAAAAUUAAGCAGCGUUUAUGUCCAGUACUGUAUAUAAAUUAUAAUCAUAAUUAAUGUCGAACGAUACGUUUACAAAAGCAGCUAAAAAUUUUGAAGUGUAGUAGUAUUAAAAUAAAUUAAAUAACUUCUGUGACAUUACAUUUGUUUGGUGCUGAUACAAAUAUGAUUAAUUUUAGUUAGUGUUAUUUUUGAAUAUUUUCUUUACAAUUUUCUUUCUUCACAAGAAAUUGCCAAACAAUAAUUUUUAAAAAUAACAUUACAUGAUACAAAGAUUAUUUCUGCUCAAUGUACUAAACGAAUGUGAACAAUUUUAAUAAAUCAAGCUUACGUAUCUGUAUAAUUGAUAGACACUUUUCAUAAUGUCGUGUGGGAGAAAAUAUAGUUAAAUAUUUUGAAGAGAAUUUAUAUAAUAUACAGCACAUAUAUUUUUCAAGUGAAUGAUUGAUUUCUCUGCUAUACAUUUAUCAGAAAAUAUUCACGGAAAAACUCAUAAUAUAAAUAUGAGGGCAAUAGAGUCAAAGCAGCCUAAUGCAAUAGAUUCGAAUGAUUCUCAAUCUGUCACUGGAGGGAAUGAUUAUAUAUAUCGACCUCUUACGAAACAUAGAAGAGCUGGAAGCACAGGGACAACUGGCGAUGAAGAGUAUACUACUGACGAAGAUGAGUUAUACUUUAACAAAGCAGACUAUGGGGGAAAAGCAUUGAAUUCUUCUUAUCCAAUUCUAAAGUCAGAUUUGGCACGUGCUGCAACAGAUCUUUUUGAAUAUUUAUCUGAUGAAACAGUUGAUAAUGUCGAACCAACUAGCUUAUUCGAUGAAGACGAUAAAAGUUUCUGUUCACUAAGAGAAAAGGUACAACAAUAUGAUCAACCUAUUAUCGACAAGAAUCCAACAACAUCAUGUCGAAUGAAUAAAAUGAAAACAAAUGAUAGAUCAAAAGAUAUUCAAGUUUCUCAACAAGCUGAAUUACUUAAUUUAAAUCAAAAAAUAAAAAACUUUUAUAAAAAAAUUUCGGCUAAAGAUCAUGAAUCAACUCGAAAUUCUGUAGCUAUAAAUCAAGAAUUUAUAUCUCUUCUUGACUAUACAGAGACUGAGUUAAAAACAGAUGUUGUUGCAAGAACUAAUGACGUAUCAUCUUUAACAAAUAUUGAAUGGGAGGAAGCUGCUAAAGAAUUUAAAGACGAUACACUCACCCAAUUACAUAAAGAAUUAAAGAAGGCUCAUGAAGAACUAAAGUUGAAAGAAGAGGAAAUCGUACGAUUGUCUUACUUCAGGCAAGAUGUGGAAACAGAGCUGGAAGAACUUACUGCCAACCUUUUCCAAGAGGCUCAUAAAAUGGUUCGUCAAGCAAAUGCUCGUCAAGCAACAGCUGAACGUUUAUUAAAGGAAAACCGUAUGAAAACUGAGGUUUUGGCUGCUGAAGUAGCAGCACUGAAGACUUUAGUUCUUACGUCAACUCCUGCUCAUCCAAAUCCCCAUUUACACCCACAAAUCGAUACUCGAUGUAAGUUCAAUAGUUCUGAUGAUUUUCAAAUGAGGUUACUCAAUAAAAAAUACCGUACAUCACCUUCACAAUAUAAUCGAGAAAAUUCACCUCCGGAAUCUCCUACUAAAGAACAAAAAUUACAAUUUUUUGUUGAUAUUCAAAUACAUGAAAAAAAUGAUCAAGAUCAUGUAAAAGAAUUGCAAGAAAAAGAUAAGGAACGAAGCCCCAACAAAUAUGAGAAAAAUAAAUAUUUUGGAAUAGAACUUGAUCCGACAGUAUAUUCUGAAUUUUUGACAUGGAAAUCGAAUCCUUGUAUUGAUAAAAGUAACGCAUUCGUAUCAAGAGUUUUUCAAGAAGAUAUAGAUUUAUGUUUGACUUUCCCUAACGAAGAUCUUGGAAUGAAAGUUCGACAGGCUGUUCUCGAUGGAAUUAUAUUAAUCGAAGCUAUCAACGAUAAGAACAAAUCUGGCUUUUCAAAAACAUGCGCUCUCUUAGAAGUACCUCGUCAAUGUUAUUACCGAAUGCAACUGAGUGAUCAGGAAAACCAAUGGUACUCAAUUUCUCAAAUCUGUAGAAAUCGAAUAAUUGCUGUUUGUGAUUUUUUAAACUACUUGAGAUAUGUUGAGCGUGGACUUGUUAAAAGUGCAGUUCAUGAUAUUUAUUGGGAAAUUAUGCGACUACGAAAGGGAAUGGUUCUAGCCCGACUUGGUUUCAUUCUGUCUUCUUAAAUGGCAUUCGAUAUUUUCAUUGAAGAUCUAGUCUUUAUAUUGCUGAAAUUUUUAGAGAAUUCAAUAUAUUUGUGAAAAUCGUACUCCCCGUUAAUCUUAAGUUUCAUUAUUAUAUAACAUAUAGGUCACAUGCUAUGUUAAUGUUCGUUAUGUAUGUGUAUUGCAACUGCGGUAUAACGUGCAUACUUGUCAGUAUUUCAAAUAGAAGUAUUUGAAAUACUAAUUUAAAUACUUUUCACGGUAUUUCAAAUAAUAUUUAAGUACUGACAACAAAAAGUAUUUGAUAAUUGUGUUUAAAUAUUUCAAAUAAAACAUCUUCUCAGUAUACACUAAAUUGUUUUUAAAAUACAAAGUAAAAUAUCAAUAAGGUACUCAAUAAAAACUUUGCUGAACAUUGUACGUAACGCCGUAGCUUAUACAGAAAUUGAUGAAUAAAUUGAUCAGUAUUUAAAUACAAUUACACUAUUUGUAUUUGUAUUUAAAUAGUUUCUGCUGGUAUCUUAAGCAAGUAUAUACUUCCUUUAAAAUAUCUAUUUAAAUUAGCUAGGCUGUAUUUGUAUUUCAAAUACUUUAUGAAUAUUUGUAUUUGUAUGUAAAUACUUUUCCAAAACCCAGUAUUUGUAUUUGAAUACUUUUCAAAAGGACUUUUGUACAAGUCUGAUAACAUGAAUGUAACAGAGUAACACUGUAUGUAGAGGAAAGAUAAGUAAAGUGGAACGCGAGGGUAAAAUAAAACGCUCGAGAAAAUAUACUAAUUUAUCAAAAUAAAUUUGAAAACGCUUAGUAUACUUUUUGUACAUUAUUUUUUCAAUUUAUUUAUGCAUUAAAAAUUAUUAACAUUUGUUAAUAUAAUGCUUAAUUUGUUGAUUUAAAUUUGUUCGUGGUGUUCCAUUUUCCCCUCUCUUCCCCUACAGUCAAAUAGCGUUGUAAAUCCGCUCGCUGUUAGUCCGUUGCGUUGAAGUUAUCUCAAUAGUCCAGUCAAAUGAGGGAAAUGGGAUAAUUUUGGUUUGCUGCGGCCACAUU